CUGUGCGCUGGGCUGUAGGGUGGAGUGCUGAAGGCAGAAAAAGGGCAGCAGCCAGCAAAAGCUCUGCGCUCUCAACUCUGCUGUGCUGUGCUAGGCGCUGCGCGGAGGAAAGGAAGCACGACUCUUAUCACGUCACUCCGCGUUUAGGCGUUGAGCAGGAAACAGCCUUUCCUCUCGGAUUGUCGCAGUAGGAACAAACACAACAUUAUUUUCUAACUCAAUGCACCCCUCGGCACAGAACACGCGGAAACCGGCCAGAAGGAAAAAUGCCUUCUUCGGAGAAGAUAGCUGUUCUGAUUCUCGGCGUUCUAGUGCUGAAAUCUCCGUGGAAUGCCCAACGCAUCCCAUGCCUUGCCAGCGCGCUACAGAUCCAGCAGGCAUUCGCCUCUCCAAACCAGACCAAUAACUUUGUGGUGGAUGGGGUGAGUAGAACAAUCUACCUGGCUACGGUAAACUCGGUGUACCAGCUUAAUGGGACGCUUAGCGUGGAAGUGGAGAAGAGAACCGGGCCAGUGGAGGACAACCUGUUGUGCCAUGCGCCCCAGCUGCCCCAGGCGCCCUGCGAGCACCCCAAAUCCCUCACAGACAACUUCAACAAGCUACUCGAGCUGGAUCGGGAACAAGGGGUACUGGUGGUGUGCGGUUCGGUGUACCAGGGCUUCUGUGAGCUCAGGAAGAUGGAAAACAUCUCUCAGAUAGCCGUGGAGUUUCCCCCCCAGGGCGAGAAGACCGUGUUCCCCAGCAUGCUAAACAUCGCUGCCAACGACCCUAAUGCUUCCACCGUUGGGCUCAUAUUCAGAACCCAUGGGGGGAACACCCGGCUCCUUGUCGGGGCUACUUACACCGGCGCUGGGACCCCGUUUUUCCCCAAGAACCACAGCAAGGAGGACCUGCGCUUCGAGAAUACACCCGAAAUCGCGAUUCGUUCCCUUAAUAUAAAUGAAAUAUCUAAGCUGUUCACAUAUGACAUCAACCCGUCAGAGGAUAACGUCUUCAAGAUCAAACAGGAGGCAAAACAGAAAAAUAAACUCAACUUCGUUCAUGCCUUCAUUCAAAAGACCUACUCUUAUAUUGCUAUUAACAAUGACGCAAAGAUGGGCCACAAGGACAGCCAGCCAAAUAGCAUUCUAGCUAGAAUAUGCCUUGACACGGAGAACCCCCGAAAAUCCACUUCGGAGAGCCGAAAGCUCACGGAGUCUUUUAUCCAAAUGCCUCUUCAGUGUGGAUAUAACGGGAACAUUUACAACCGUCUGGUUUCUGUUCACCCCGCGGAGAUCCACUCCGGGAACAGAGAGGGUCUGGAGUCGUACCUGUUCGGAGUGUUCACAAAAUCAGACAGAAAGUCUGCACUCUGUGUCUUUCGGUUCUCCGACAUCGAGGAGGAGAUCCGCCAGGGCCGGAGGAACUGCUCCAACUCUCCCAGCAGUGAUGUGCAGGUGCUGGACAGCGUUAUCCAGGGCUCAGGCGCAGCAUGCAUCCAGAAAGGGAAUCUAGUGCUUCAACCGGAGCAGCUGGACUGCGGAGCAGCACACCUGCAGCACCCGCUGGCCCUACGGAGGCCCCUAAGGGCCAAACCUCUAUUUGAGUCCCUGGGCCUCAGCUCAGUUGCCGUGGACAACGUACAUGACCACACCGUAGUGUUUCUGGGCACCAGCACUGGUCGACUACGCAAGCUGACCCUCCGGAAGAACAUGACCGUGGCCAAUCAGUGGUCUCUGAAGCUCCCGAGUGCCGAAUCAGUGCACCACAUCAUGACCUUUGAUCCCAUGGACAGGAACUACCUAUACAUCAUGACAUCUCACCAUCUGCUGAGGGUCAAGGUAGCAUCAUGUGGCCAAUACAGAACUUGCAGUGACUGUUUGGGGGCUGGAGACGCCCACUGUGGCUGGUGCACCCUGGAGAGCAGAUGCUCCAUCCAGAGAGAGUGUACCCAGGGGUCUCUGAUGCGCUCCUGGAUCGGGAUGGGGGACAAUUCCCAACAGUGUCCGUCCAUGACCCUCACCCCCCCAGAGAUUAGCCUCUCCGCGGACAUCAAGAAUGUGGGGAUUCUGAUAAAUGGCAGUGUCCCUGAUCUGGCUGGUUCCUCGGUGGAGUGUGACUACGGACUGGGCAUCGCCACGGCAGCCACGGUGCAUCUUGACCACGGCCCGGCCCAGAUUCAGACAUGCCCCCUGCUGCCCCGGGAGCGGUACCCUGACAUCCCCCCAGGCCGAGAUCACCUGACGGUUCCCGUAGCAAUUAAAGUGAAUGGCACGUCUGUUGUUUCUGGAAGCUUCGUCAUUUAUGAUUGCGAAAGGACUGGAGUGAUACACCCCAAGACUGCAUGCCUCAGCUGUUUGAGCACCAAGUGGAGAUGCUACUGGGACAUCCAUAGCCACUCUUGUCUCUCCACUAAAGAUGACUCCCGACACGAGCUGCUAGAGAAUGCUGCUUCCUGUCCGAGUCUUGUGGCAGUGGAUGUUGAACCUUCACCCUCGGGGAUGACGCAGGACUUCACCCUGUCUCUGAGAAACGUGGAGCAGAGGGAAGAGCUGGAGUGUUACUUUGGGAAUGAGCAGAAGUAUGAGGCCCCAUGGACAGAGGACAGCUCAGUGAAGUGCAGUGGAGUGACGCUGACCACAACGGAGAAGACUCAGGUGUUUCAGCUUAGCCUGCAGAGGAAAGGUCAACCGGACCAGUACAUUGACAGCCCUGAACCCAUAACAGUGGAGGUGUACAACUGUGGGGUGGGCAGCGGGGACUGUUCCCAGUGUUGGGCUCGCCAGGACCAGGGACAUCUCUGCGGCUGGUGCGACAACAGCUGCCGAAUGGGGACUGACUGCCAGGAGGGGAGCACCCAGUGUCCUGAUCCAGAGAUCACCAAGAUCUCCCCCCUAAAUGGGCCGCGAAGCGGGGGUACUCUUCUGACGGUGAAGGGAAAGAAUAUGGGCCGCAGGGCUGACCUGGUGGACGUCUCCAUUGGGGGGGUCUCAUGUAAAAUCCUUCCUGAACGUUACAUUGUCUCCAUGGAGCUGGUGUGUGUCACCGGGACAACCUCGAAAACCACCAAGGAGGUCGCCAGAGUUGACAUCACAGUUAACGGCAGCAUGACGUCAGCUAGUGGGGUGUCCAAAGAGUUCUUCUCAUACGUGGACCCCAAGCUGUUGUCCGUGGAGCCCAGGAGAGGCUCUCGUUCUGGGGGGACCCGGGUGACCUUCAGUGGGGAGCACCUGAACACGGGCUCUCAGGUCCGAGUCAAGGUCAACGGCACCCAGGACUGCAGCAUCGUCACGCUGCGAGAUGACACCAUCGAGUGCACCAUGCCUGCAGCGCUACACGCACACACUGAGGCUGUGUCGAUGUGUGUGGAGUUUGAAGACAUUCCCUGUCAGGGCGCUGAACUCUCCACCACGUACACCUACGAGAAGAACCCCAGCAUCAGCUAUAUCAAACCCAAGAAGAGCUUCCUCAGUGGCGGUCGGACUAUCACAGUGGCCGGGCAGGGUUUUGAACUGGUGCAGAGUGUCAGUAUGAAAGUGCUGAACAUUGGACAGGCGGCCUGUAAAGUUCGCUCUCCCUCCCUGAUCACAUGUUCCUCCCCCGCCUCCAACCAAUCUCAGUUGGCCACGGUGAAAUUCCUCCUGAAUGGGGUCCUCUACACGGGAGAUAGCCCCUCCUUUUACGGCCCAGGCCAGGAGGAAGAAGAGGUAGAAGAGCUUCACGGAGGUCACUUCCUGUUGGAGUAUGUGGAGGAUCCUCAGUUCUUGACUGCCAACAAGGAGAGGCUAAUCAAACACCAUCCUGGGGAACCACUCACACUCAUCAUUAAUAAAGGACUGAGCGAUCUGGAACUGGCGCCGGAGGAGUACUCUGUGAUGAUUGGCCCUUAUCCAUGUGACAUCAGCUUCCACAACGACCAGCUGUUCCACUGCACCAUCAACGGGUCCCUGGGCUCCAGCGAAGGAGAACUGCCAGUCGUCGUUCAGGUGGGGAACUUCCGCAGAGUCAUAGCCAAGGUCCAGCUGGGUGGCAGUGAGCUGGCCAUCGUGGUGUCCAUCGUAGUGUGCUGCGUGCUGCUGCUGCUGUGCACCGUGGCUCUGGUGGUGUACUGUACAAAGAGCCGGAGAGCAGAGCGUUACUGGCAGAAGACACUUCUGCAGAUGGAGGAGAUGGAAUCCCAGAUCAGAGAGGAGAUCCGCAAAGGCUUUGCAGAGCUACAGACUGAUAUGACCGACCUCACCAAAGAGCUGAAUCGCAGCCAAGGAAUUCCCUUCCUGGAGUACAAACAGUUUGUCACACGCACCUUCUUCCCCAAGAUGUGUUCUGACUAUGAGAGGAGUCUCGUUCAGCCUGUCUAUCAGACCGACGCCCUCGGCCCACGAGCCUUACCUGAAACGCACCCCCUUCUGCAGGAUUGGCAGCCCUCUAACACAGGAAAGCCAAACAUGGAGGAGGGAAUCACGCUCUUCUCCACUCUCCUCAGCAACAAGCACUUCCUGGUCACCUUCGUCCACGCGCUGGAGCAGCAGAAAGACUUUGCUAUACGCGACAGGUGUAGCCUGGCCUCCCUGCUCACCAUCGCCCUCCAUGGUAAACUGGAGUACUACACCAGCAUUAUGAAGGAUCUGCUGGUGGACCUGAUCGACGCCUCUGCCGCCAAGAACCCCAAACUGAUGCUGCGACGCACCGAGUCGGUGGUAGAGAAGAUGCUGACCAACUGGAUGUCCAUCUGCAUGUACAGCUACCUCAAGGAGACUGUGGGAGAACCCUUCUUUCUGCUGCUGUGUGCCAUCAAGCAGCAGAUCAACAAGGGCUCUAUUGACGCCAUCACAGGGAAGGCCCGCUAUACCCUGAACGAGGAGUGGUUGCUCCGAGAGAACAUCGAGGCCAAGCCUCAGAACAUCAACGUGUCAUUCCAGGGCUGUGGGAUGGACUCUCUGGCCAUCAAGGUGAUGGACACGGACACCAUCUGCCAGGUAAAGGAGAAGAUUCUAGAAGCCUUCUAUAAGAACCUGCCCUUCUCCCAGUGGCCCAGAGCAGAAGACGUGGAGCUGGAGUGGUUUGUCUGUGGUAGCACCAGAAUCCUCCAGGACCUGGAUAACACAUCUGUGAUGGAGGAUGGCAGGAAGAAACUUAACACUGUCACACAUUACCAGAUCCCAGAGGGGGCGUCAUUUGCCAUGAGCAUGAAAGACAAGAGAGACAACACACUGGGGAGAGCAAAAGACUUGGACACAGAGAAAUAUGUCCAUUUGGUCCUGCCUCACGAUGAGCUGUUUGAGAACAGGAAAUCCCACAGGCAGAGUCACCGUAAGAAAGUCCUCCCGGAGAUCUACCUGACACGCCUCCUUUCCACUAAGGGAACGUUGCAGAAGUUUCUAGACGACUUGUUCCAGGCUAUCCUAAGUAUUCCCGCGGAGCGCCCCCCUCUGGCCAUCAAAUACUUCUUUGACUUCCUGGAGGAGCAGGCAGACAAGAGGGGCAUCACUGAUCCAGACACCCUGCACAUUUGGAAGACCAACAGUUUACCUCUGCGUUUCUGGGUGAACAUCCUGAAGAACCCUCAGUUUGUGUUUGACAUUGAUAAGACGGAUCACAUGGAUGCCUGUCUGUCUGUUAUCGCCCAAGCCUUUAUAGAUGCCUGCUCCGUGUCAGACCUGCAGCUGGGCAAGGAUUCUCCAACCAACAAGUUGCUGUAUGCCAAGGAGAUCCCUGAGUACAAAAAGAGGGUGCAGUGCUACUACAAGCAGAUCCAGGAGAUGGCGCCGCUGAGCGAGCAGGAGAUGAACGCCCAUUUGGCCGAGGAGUCACGGAAAUACCGAAAUGAGUUCAACACCAACCUGGCCUUGACAGAGAUCUACAAGUAUGCCAAGAAAUACAGAAACCAGGUGGUGAGUGCUCUGGAGUCCAACCCCACAGCGAAGCGUACUCAGCUGCACCACAAGUUUGAGCAGGUCAUUGCCUUGGUGGAGGACAACAUCUAUGAGUGCAGCAGUGAGGCCUGAGUCUCCCUCUACCCUGCUUCCACUUCACCCCACUCCUGGUGGCUGCUUCCAUCCUGCCCGCAUCCUGCCUUGCUGGGGUCCAGGACCUAGGAGUCCCCCUUACUGUCUCCCCUUUAAAUAUGUUUUCUGUCUGUAGAGGCCAAGGACAGAAUGGAACUUUUUUGCUUUAAGACUGGAAGAAAAAAAACGUGACCAAUGAACCCCUAAACCCAAGACUGCCUCCGAAAACAGAUUGGAAGCACUGUACCGUGGAUAUAGUAUGAUCUAAGAAGCAUAUCUUCGAACACGUCCCUAAUCUCGGGAUUCUAUGUCUGGGUGACCAAGACACACAUGGAUAUAAACCCAAUGUGGUUUCCUGCCUGUUCACACCUAGCUUGGAUCUCAUUCUGGUUUCACUCUGCUCUUAAUGAGGAGCAUAGUGGAGUUACAGGGAGGCUCUGGGUCAGGGGUCAUAUUCUAGAGGACGUGACAGCCUCUGGGACCUGGAGCCCCGGCGGCUAUCUAACGCACUGAGCCAAUGAUGCAUUGUACUGUAUGAUAAAUGUCCAUAGCAAUAUUUAUAGUUGAGUUUUAAUGCUUCGAGUGGCCUGUUCAGCGAUAUGUGAAUGCGAGACUCCUCUCAACUUGCACUGUUCUCAGGUUUUGAUGGGUGGAAAUGGCUAAGAACACCACCUGUGCUUUGAACUACAAGUCCCAAUGUGCUUUGCAGGUUGUAGAUUAGUUAUGGAGGAAAGGAGAGUAGAAUCAAGAAGAUUUAAUUAUGUAAUGUUAAAUGUGCCACAGACCUGCUUGCAAGAGAGUCUGGACUCUGCUGGAGCAGAUGGAAUGUAGUUCACUGGGAAGAAUUACAUUGUUAGAGUUUAUGUGAAGGCUGAUUGAUCUGUUUUGUAAGUGAUAAUGAAAAAUGUAGAGUUAAACUAUGACCUUCAGUUAAUCAAAGAGGGAGAAAUGUCUGACAUGACUGUACUUGUGAUGCCAAAAUGACUUAGGUCUGUUGUCAGAGUUUGUGAAAAUAAAUCCUAUUACAGAGUUAUGGAAUAUAAAAUGUUCGAAAAUGUU